AUGGCUUGCCUCUGCCCCAUAAAUGACCUUAAAAACCUCUUGGCCACAGUCACUCUAUACGACAAACAGAACCUCUCAGACAGACAGACGCGCACUGUUGCGGUGUUGAAGGAAAGCCAAAGCCUACUCAAGGUGGAAUUUGGUUUUCUUCUACCAGGGCGAGUGUACUGUGCUGUGGCCAACUUCACAGCUGAAGGUGUACUGGCCUCCUCUCCCACGAGCCUCCCGCAGUGUGUUUACAUACCAGCAAACACUGAAAGCCUCAUCGCCAUGAUCGUGUGUGCUGUUCUCAUUGCUCUUGGCCUAGUGAUAUUUCUGCUCUGGAGACACUGUGCAUCUUCUGAACGUCCCUUGCCCAGAUCUUUGGCUUUACUUUUAGACCUGGAACUUCAGAAAGAGACAUUCAUUGACUCCUAUAAGGCAGCACCACACGACGAGAGCUUUGAGGGGGACCACGUUUCUGUUGUAUCCAUCUGUGACUUCACACUCACGGACAACCAGUCAUCUUACCACAACAAUGAGUAUUACACAAGCCCCGUCCUGCACGAUCCAGACUGCAUUGAGGGAUCUGUGGAGUCUGGAGAUUUGGGCGUAGAAGUCCAAAACAACGAGUUCCAUUUGUUUCCAUCUCAUGCGGUUCUAGAAGCAAACGUGGGAUGUCCAUACCAGAAUCACUGUGAGGAGACACCGAACAUUCCUCUGAGCUCGGUGCAAGUGAAAUACACUCAACAGGACGAGAUGUCAACUGAAGACCCAGAGCGGUAUGGAGAUGUUGAGAUGUUUAAAAGUGAAUAUGAGACCAAUAAACAUGGGUCCGAGCUAAUUCAAACUACUGAUAAUUGUUGUUCUCAAGAGACUGAAUACAUUUAGUUUGAAUACAGCUAACCUUGUAUGCAUCGGUUACUGGUUGGAUUUUGGCAUGUGGACAUUGCACGCACUCAAAAAUGGAGGCAAAUGAAGGUGAGCUUGCAGG